AUGGAAAUGAAGGUCCUCAUCCAACUGCUGCUUGCUCUAGGAGCCACAUUCAGCGUCGCACAAGCUUCCGCCUGUGGACAAGAGUACAUCAACCAGUCACAGUGUCAAUCGCCAUGCAGCGCCGCUGGGGGCAUUUGGAAGAAUACGCACAACACAGAAGGGAUCUGGUACUGCAGCUGCUAA